UGUUUACUCAUUGGACUCGAACUGCUCCGCCAUUCACUAGCGUCGCCUAUUCAAUAGUCUUCAUCCACUCCCUUCAACGCGCAAAUCAUGGCUGACCUCUGUCCCGUCUACGCGCCCUUCUUCGGUGCCAUGGGUUGCACUUGCGCAAUUGUGUUUACCUGUCUUGGUGCAAGUUACGGUACUGCAAAGUCUGGUGUUGGCAUUUCAGCGAUGGGUGUCCUCCGGCCAGACCUCAUGAUGAAGUGUGUCGUCCCAGUUAUCAUGGCCGGUAUCAUCGGUAUCUACGGUCUAGUCGUGUCUGUCCUCAUUUCCGGUUCACUGGAGGCAACAAUGCCACUUGCGCAGGGAUUCAUUGACCUCGGUGCUGGUUUGUCGGUUGGUCUCGCUGGUCUUGCCGCAGGCUUUGCCAUUGGUAUCGUCGGCGACGCUGGUGUCCGCGGUACUGCACAACAACCCCGACUUUUCGUUGGAAUGAUUUUGAUUCUUAUCUUCGCCGAAGUGCUGGGUCUUUACGGCUUGAUUGUUGCGCUCAUCAUGCACACAAAAGCUGGAGAGUUGACGGGAUUGUGCGAUUGAAGUCACCAAGAGGACAUGUACUUGGAGUGAAAGAUGAUGGAUUCCAUUACCAUCAAUGCCGUUUUCCGUCUAAUACAUCCAUUUUUUCUGCUUGCAAACAUGACUCUUUCAUGCGCUGCUAUUGUCUGCUUGAGUGAUGCAUCCAAGGACAUUCCCCUCCGUUGUGUGAACUCAGUUACUCGUAAACCAUUUCUGCGUUGA